AUGUCGGGAAACGGGGGGAAAUACAUGAAGAAAUCCUCGGAAGUGUCCACUUCUAAGAGGGAAAAGUACCUCGGUUGGAUGACCAAGAGCAGACAGGCGGCCAUGCAUAACUGCUUAAUCAUUGGUAUUGAUUUCGGAACAACGUUUUCCGGUGUAUCGUGGGUAACGGUAGCCCGCUUCAACAAGAACGAUAUCAACGUUAUCACCGAGUGGCCUGGGACCAGCAAUAAUGAAGCAAAGGUUCCAACUCGGCUAAGCUACGAGAACGGGACUAAAGAGCCUUUAUGGGGGUUUCAAGUUGAAAACACCGAACAAGCGUUACAAUGGUUCAAGCUCCUUUUGUUAAAAGAGGAGGACAUGUGGAAAGAUCUUCGGGAGUCAGACCAGCUUGUUAAAGCUAGAAGGCUGCUUCGCGAUUUGGGAAAAACCCCGGAGGAUUGCAUUGCAGACUAUCUUCGCGCACUUUGGAAACAUACUCUCAAGAUGAUUCGCAAGGGCCACGCAGAUUACCUGAUUGAAUCCCUGCAGUUCCAUGUGGUUCUCACUGUGCCCGCUAUCUGGAAAGAUUAUGCACGUACUGCCAUGCAAGAUGCCGCCAAAAGGGCUGGUAUUCUCGAGCAUCGCAGCGCCGGUGAGACAACCUUGAUCCUUGUACCCGAGCCCGAGGCAGCCGGAUUGACAGCACUGCUUGAAUAUGGUACCGCCAUUAAGCCAGGCGAAGUGUACGUUAUUUGCGACGCUGGAGGUGGGACCGUGGAUGUGAUCACCUACAAAGUUGGGAACACUCAACCUCUCGAGUUGGGCGAGGCUGUCGAAGGCGAUGGCGCUCUUUGUGGUGGGAUGUUCAUUGAUGAAGAUUUCAUAACGAAAUGCUCAAAGCGUAUUGGUCGCAACUGGUCUCACUUCAGUCAAGCACACCAAAACGCCAUCCUGGAAGAUGAAUGGGAAGUCGACAUCAAAUCACGAUUCUGUCUAAAAGACCCCAGCGCUAAAUGGCUGCUAUCCAUUGAGAAUGGCCCACUAUCGGGUGAAGACUUGGAAGAUACAUCCCGCAUGCCUCACAUCAAGAGAGGCAUUAUACACUUUUCAAGGAAAGUCUUUGACGCCAGAGCUACUCCUGGGCUUCUUAAACUAGUGGGCACGCAAAUAAGCAAAGCUCAAGGCAAAGGUCUUAGUGUGACGGGAAUUGUUCUUGUCGGAGGACUCGGCUGUAGCGACUAUCUACUUGAAUCCCUUCUGAUCAAAUAUGGCAGCCAAGACAUCGGUAUUUAUCGUUCCAAAGACAAAGACCAAGUGCGUUCUGCCAUCUGCCGUGGGGCCAUUCUCAAAGGUCUUAUAGCUGCUCCAAUCGACGAUUAUAUACCGAACGCUCCUCGUAUCCUUUCAACUAUCUCCAGAACAUCUCUGGGUAUCCCAAUGACGUACGAUUUUCAGGAAGGAGUUCAUCGCGAAAGCAAUAAGUUUUUCCAUAGGGUUGAGGGCUGUUACAAAGUGCGUGAUGUGAUGCAUUGGUAUAUUGAAAAGGGGAAAGAGGUUGAAACAGAUCGUCCUAUCAGGAAGAAGUUGUAUAGGUCACGGAGCAUGGAAGCCGACCUACCCUCUUUCUUAGAUUUCAAGAUCUUUCAGUGCGAGAGUGAGCAUCCGCCUAAGUACAAGAAUCACCAUGUGACGCUGCAUUCUACCAUUGUGUUCCAGCUUGGGCAGUUUGGAUCCAGUGCCUGGGAAGUAUACAAUGCUUCCAAUGGUCGAAGGUUCAAGAAAAUUACCUACACACUUGAGAUGGUGCCAUCUGGUGCCUCCACGCAGAUUUCAGUGUGGGUCAAAGGCCAGAGGCUGGGAUCAAAGUAUAUAUCGAUUCAAUUUGACUAG